AUGAGUCAGUCUUUUGAGCAAGGAUCGGUGGAAGGGGGUCUCUUUGUUCUGUUUCAGGUUGUUUCUUUUCUCAGCUUCCCACAGGUUUCAAAUGGCAACAAUUCAGAUCCAAUGGAGACUAUCUCUUUCUCAUCUAUCUGCCUAUCAUCCCUCCCUCUUUCUAUCUAUCUACCUAUCAUUCUUCUCUCUUUCUCUCUGCAUAUCGUUCCUUCUCUCUUUCUAUCUGCCUGUCAUCCUUCUCUCUUUCUAUCUGCCUGUCAUCCUUCUCUCUUUCUAUCUGCCCUUCAUUCCUCCCUCUUUCUAUCUGCCUAUUGUUCUUUCUCUCUUUCUAUCUGUCUGCAUAUCAUCCCUCACUCUUUCCGUCAUUCUACUUAUCAUUCCUCUCUCUUUCUAUCUAUUGGCCUAUCAUCCCUCUCUCUUUCUAUCUAUCUACCUAUCAUUCUUCUCUCUCUCUCUCUAUCUGCCUAUCAUCCCUCUAUCUUUCUGUCUAUUUGCCUAUCAUCCCUCUCGCUUUCUAUCUAUCUGCCUAUCAUCCCUCUCGCUUUCUAUCUAUCUGCCUAUCAUCCCUCUCUCUUUCUAUCUGCCUAUCAUCCCUCUCGCUUUCUAUCUAUCUGCCUAUUAUCCCUCUCUCUUUCUAUCUGCCAUCAUUCCCUUGCAAGGAAAUUUCUCUCUUUUUAUUUUCCUCCUUUUUCUUUCCAUCAGAAUCUUUUUGAAUGUAUUUUUUUUAUUCCCAUUACAUUGUUACUUUUUUCUUUUUCUUUUGUUCAUUUCUUUCAUGAUUCUUCAAUUCUAUCUUUCUUCUUUGCCAAAAACCUUCUGCUUCAAAGGUGUCCUCAUAACUAUCCUAUCCUCAUAGCUAUCCACUCCUUUUCAAGCACUGUUUUAUAUCUGUUUCCACACCCCUUUAGCUUUUCCCCCUUCCUGUUUUCAAAUCUCUUCUUCACUGUGUAUUGUCAGAUCAUCAACCUUUGUUAA